AAUUAAUGUCAUGGAAGCAAGCGAAAGAAAAAUUGGCUACUCUUUUCACUAAUGAAGAUGAACGCGGAAAAAUCAAAGGUCUUCUUUUGAAUAAACCACUAGAAGAACGGUUAGAAUAUUUUGAGGGUGAAGAUAAAGAGAUAGUUGCUUCUCUUAAAAUGCUUUUACAAGACUUUUUAGAGCAACUUAGCAAAAAAAUAGCUGAAAAAUUAUGCAAACAAAAACAAACAACUGAAUACAAACCAGCAUCAGCAGCA